AUGUAUGUGUUCAUUACAGGGAGGUCCAUUUUCCUCGAGAAGUUCAAGAAGAAAUACCCAGAUUCAUCUACCACCAAAAAUCAAAGGUCGAUCUCACUGGAUCAGCUAUGGAGAAAGGGCAGGCAGACCUUAGAAUUAUCAUCAGUUCUGCUGGAAAUUUGGGAAAUUAGACCCAUUUUGAGAAUUAGAGGCAACGCAAUCACAAAGAACACUUCCAAGCUUAUGCAGAAGGAUUCUUGGAAGACCACACUGCUGUUAGCUUAUCAAAGUCUUGGUGUGGUAUAUGGGGACCUCAGCAUCUCCCCUCUCUAUGUUUUCAAGAGCACAUUUGCAAAAGACAUUCAUCACUCAGAAAGAAAUGACGAGAUUUUUGGAGUUCUUUCUUUUGUUUUCUGGACUCUAACUCUAAUUUCUCUCUUCAAAUAUGUCUUCAUAGUCCUCAGAGCUGAUGACAAUGGACAGGGUGGCACUUUUGCCCUUUAUUCAUUGAUAUGCAGGCAUGCUAAAGUGAGCCUUCUGCCCAACCGUCAAGUUUCUGAUGAAGCACUCUCUACAUAUAAACUGGAGCAUCCUCCAGAGAAAGUGAAUAGCUCAAGGGUGAAAAUGUUUCUUGAGAAGCACAAGUCCUUGCACACUGCUUUGCUAAUCUUGGUUCUUCUGGGCACUUGUAUGACUAAGAACAUGUUUCUUUAUGUAGUUUUUUCUGCGGUUUCUGGCCUUGAGUUUCUCAUAUCCAAAGAGCAUCACCAGCGCUUAGAAGCAAUGUUUGCCGAUCUUGGCCACUUCUCUUAUGCUGCAAUUCAGAUUGCUUUCACCUUUCUGGUUUAUCCAGCACUAAUAUUGGCAUAUAUGGGUCAAGCAGCUUACAUGUCGGAGCAUCACGAAACCAGUUAUAAUAUUGGUUUUUAUGACUCAGUACCAGGCUUAGAAGCAAUGUUUGCCGAUCUUGGCCACUUCUCUUAUGCUGCAAUUCAGAUUGCUUUCACCUUUCUGGUUUAUCCAGCACUAAUAUUGGCAUAUAUGGGUCAAGCAGCUUACAUGUCGGAGCAUCACGAAACCAGUUAUAAUAUUGGUUUUUAUGACUCAGUACCAGAGAGUGUGAGGUGGCCAGUGCUUGUAUUAGCCAUCCUUGCUUCCGUUGUGGGAAGUCAAGCAAUCAUCAGCGGGACGUUCUCGAUCAUCAACCAGAGCCAAUCACUUGGUUGCUUUCCAAGAGUUAAGGUUGUCCACACUUCUGAUAAGAUUCAUGGCCAGAUCUAUAUCCCUGAGAUCAACUGGAUGCUCAUGAUCCUCUGUAUUGCAGUAACUAUUGGAUUCAGAGACAUAAAACACAUGGGAAAUGCAACAGGAUUAGCAGUGAUGGCAGUAAUGCUAGUGACAACUUGCCUCACAUCCUUGGUCAUCAUCCUCUGCUGGCAGAAGCCUCCCAUUUUAGCUCUUUUCUUCCUACUUUUCUUUGGAUCUAUCGAAUUACUGUACUUCUCAUCUUCCCUGAUCAAGUUCCAUGAAGGUGCCUGGCUUCCCAUCCUUCUUUCCCUCUUCCUUGUCUCAGUCAUGUUUGUUUGGCACUAUACCACCAUUAAAAAGUAUGAAUUUGACCUACACAACAAGGUUUCAUUGGAAUGGCUAUUUUCCUUGGGACCAAGCUUGGGUAUUGCUCGAGUACCUGGAAUUGGCCUCGUGUUUACUGAUCUAACCUCUGACAUUCCUGCAAACUUCUCACGUUUUGUCACCAACCUCCCUGCCUUCCACCGUGUUCUUGUUUUUGUAUGUGUGAAAUCUGUGCCAGUCCCUUUUGUGCCCCCACCUGAGCAAUAUCUCAUAGGCCGGGUGGGUCCUGCUGCUCAUCGGUCCUACAGGUGCAUUGUUCGUCAUGGGUACUGUGAUGUUCAUCAAGAUGUCGAUUCUUUUGAAUCUGAACUAGUUAAUAGGUUGGCUGAUUUUAUCCGCCAUGAUUGGCACAAGUCACAUGGGAUAGUUAGUACAUAUAAUGAAGAUAAUGACUCUCAAUCUGGAGGAUCAUCAGGUGAGUGCAUAUUGGAGGCGAUAGGAACUGUGAAAUGUGCUUCCAUACAGGCUUUUGAGAUUGAGGAAAGUGUGGAACCAACAAAUGUAUCUGCUGAGUUCCCAACAGUUGAGAGUGUGAGCAGUGUAAUUGAGAAGGAUUCCAAUCAUGUCGUGGAAAGAAGAGUGAGGUUCACUAUUGGCAAUGAGUCUGAAGUUGAUUCUCUGCCUGAAAUGGAUGUGCAAUGGAGGGAAGAGCUAGAAGAUUUAUAUGUGGCUCGACAAGCAGGGAUUGCAUUCAUACUUGGGCACUCGCAUGUUAAAGCAAAACAAGGAUCAUCGUUCUUGAAGAGGUUUGCUGUCAAUUUUGGAUAUAAUUUCCUAAGUAGAAAUUGCAGGGGGGCAGAUGUUGCUCUAAAGGUGCCUCCAGCCUCUCUCCUUCAGGUUGGAAUGGUCUAUGUUGUCUAAGCUGUGAAGGGAACUAGUGUUGUUUCUUAUGUCACAUUGAGAGUGUAUGUGAAAGAGAUGUGUGAGAAACAUCCUUGCACAAACUAACAGAGAUACUGCUCCUUUUCCAGUUUUAAGCAUUUGGCAUUAUGGCAGAAAAGUAGAACUCUAUCAUUGUAUCAACAGAGGAUGCCUGGCUUCUCAGAUGAAACUAGUCCAAUGCUUUCGAUAACAAUCACCUCUCUGAUAUGGACUUUUCCAUGUUCUUCUGAAAUUGGCAAAAGGCUUUUGGAGUGUCUGAAGCAUGAAUAUGAAACUUGGGUAGUUUGAUCAUUAUAGUCAGCAUCAAAAUAUGGGUUCAUUGGAACAUCAGAAUGGCAGUUAUCAACAUUUCGGGUAGCAUGUUGCACUAAUUAUGGAUAGAGCUAGCAAAGCUCUCAUCAGGUUUUUCAAGUUCCCUCUUAUUUCUGCAUUUCGGAUCUAAUUGCUGAACCUUCUCAGACAUACAGUAUGGUUAACUGUCUCAUUCUUCUUCCUAUCUGAAUUAUAGUUUUCACUUCUUUAUCUAGUUUUCAAAGUUACUUUGGCUGGUGACAAAUCUUUUAGAUGGUCACUAAUUAUUAUCUUAAUCUCAUUUUCAUCCUUAU